AUGGCGCCCGCAGCAUCGACCGGUGGCAAGAAGCAGAAGAAGAAGUGGUCCAAGGGCAAGGUCAAGGACAAGGCCAAGCACGAAGUCGUCCUCGAGAAGACCGUUGCUGAGAAGCUCAACAAGGAUGUCCAGUCCUACCGCCUGAUCACUGUCUCCACCCUCGUCGACCGUCACAAGAUCAACGGCAGCCUUGCCCGUGCUGUCCUGAACGACCUCGAGGAGCGUGGUGUGAUCAAGAAGGUUGUUGGCCACAACACCCUCAACAUCUACACCCGUGCCGUCACCGCCGAGUAA